AUGGGGGCAGCCGGGGGUGACAGGAGCACACUAGGGAGCGCUACAGCCAAGGGAGCAGCUGGGGGCGAUCGGAGCACCCCAGAGAGAGCAGCAGCCAGGGGGGCAGCCGGGGGUGACUGGAGCACCCCUGGGAGUGCAACUGCCAGGGGGGCAGCCGGGGGUGACCGGAGCACCCCUGGGAGUGCUACAGCCAGGGGGGCAGCCGGGGGUGACUGGAGCACCCCAGGGAGCGCUACAGCUAGGGGAGCAGCUGGGGGUGACAGGAGCACCCCUGGGAAUGCUACAGCCAGGGGGGCAGCCGGGGGUGACCGGAGCACCCCAGAGAACACAGCAGCCUGGGGGGCAGCCGGGAGUGACCGGAGCACCCCAGAGAACACAGCAGCCUGGGGGGCGGCCGGGAGUGACCGGAGCACCCGAGGGAGAGCAGCAGUCAGGGGGGCAGCCGGGGGUGACCAAAGCACCCCACGGAGUGCUACAGCCAGGGGGGCAGCCGGGGGUGACCGGAGCACCCCGGGGAGUGUUACAGCCAGGGGGGCAGCCGGGGGUGACCGGAGCACCCCUGGGAGUGCUACAGCCAGGGGAGCAGCUGGGGGUGACCGGAGCACCCCUGGGAGUGCUACAAACAGGGGGGCAGCCGGGGGUGACCGGAGCACCCCAGGGAGUGCUACAGCCAGGGGGGCAGCCGGGGGUGACCGGAGCACCCCUGGGAGUGCUACAGCCAGGGGGGCAGUCGGGGGUGACAGGAGCACCCUAGGGAGCGCUACAGCCAGGGGAGCAGCUGGGGGCGAUUGGAGCACCCCAGAGAGAGCAGCAGCCAGGGGGGCAGCCGGGGGUGACCGGAGCACCCGUGGGAGUGCUACAGCCAGGGGGGCAGCCGGGGGUGACUGGAGCACCCCAGGGAGUGCUACAGCCAGGGGGGCAGCCGGGGGCGACCGGAGCACCCCUGGGAGUGCUACAGCCAGGGGGGCAGCCGGGGGUGACCGGAGCACCCCAGAUAGAGCAGCAGCCAGGGGGGCAGUCAUUGGACGACCGGGAGCAGCAGUUGGAGGAGUGGUGCCGACUUUUGGAGGGCUGCUGCCGAACCACAUGAGGGUAUGCCGGGCGGCUGAGGCGGAGAGGCGCGCACAGGCACUUGGCUCGACCCCGUCACUGGUGGAGACCGGCACGCAGGAGCGACCGACGCCGCGGGAAUUUGGGGACGAGGCGUGGGCCGGGGUUACGUCUUGGGAAUGGGAAGCAUUUUUCAGUGUGGUGGCGGUUGGAGGGAGGACAGUGCGCCGGAUCCCACAGCGGGCUCGGCCGGGGGUCUUAGACGCGCUCUGUUGCGUCUUAAAGCGUUUGAAGAGCCGACCAGGGGAUGAAGCCGCUACCCUCCUACUCUUGGCUUUUCCGCGCCUCAUCCUAGCCGUGCCUCCCAAGCCAGGCAUAGGACAGAAGGCGCUGAUCAUAGAGCGGUUGGGGGCGUUUUGGGAGGGGAGGUGGCGGGAGCUGUUCGACUCCGCCAUGGUGGCGGCGCGGCCAGCAGUGCGCCCACUUGCCUACACUUGCUCUGACCAGGACCCGGAUGCCAUCCGCCUGUCACGGUGCCGAUCUCGGUGUAAAGUGGGAGAGUGGAGCCGCGGAUUGGCUUGCCUUACGGCAGGGGAGUUGGCCCGGCCGUCUGAGGCCAUGGUGCAGUCGCUGCGAGAGAAGCACCCUGGUAGCACUAGCGAGGUACCACAGUGGGUCCGUGAUUUCACCGUCGAUGCUCCUCAGCGGCCUCCACUCACGGCCGACAUCCUGGCCAGAACUAUCCAUACAGCCGCUCGCGCUUCAGCAGCAGGGCCAUCGGGGUGGGUCACGGAGCAUCUGCGCGACACCUUCCUCACUGAACCUUCCUGCCUUUCCCACCUGUUGGAGGUGUUCAACCAAUGGGUGGCGGGACAGGUCCCCGAGCGGGCUCGGCCCUGGCUCGCCGCAUCCAACCUAGUUGGGCUUUCCAAGCCUAACGGCGACGUCCGGCCGGUCGCGAUUGGGGAAGUGCUUCCGCGUAUCCUUGCUCGAGCUCUCUGCAUCUCGCUCCGCCCUACGAUGGCUUCCUACUUUCUGCCGUGCAACCAGCUGGGAGCGGGCACCAGGGCCGGGGUGGAGAUUCUUACCCAUUCUUUCCGGUCAGCGCUGGCUACUCACCCCGACUGGUGUGCGCUGCAGAUAGAUGUCGCGAACGCCUUCAAUUCGUUUCACCGUCAUGCGAUGUUUGAGGGGCUGCGGGAGUCGCCUUUCUCAGGGUUGAUCCCAUUCUUACGUGUUUUCUACGGGACACCUAGCGAUCUGUACCUCCGAGCGGGCCCUUUUGUACAGAGCCUUGAGUCGGCACGAGGAUCGCGGCAGGGGGACCCGCUCGGCCCUUUUCUUUUCGCGUUCACGCAGCAGCAGGUGAUGGAGUCGGUGACUAGAGAGUUCAGGGACCUACUUUUCCUGAGCUACGCAGACGAUACCUAUAUCCUGGGACCGGCGGCUAGGAUUCUAGAGGCGUUUGGGGUGCUGCGGGAGCGGUUGGAAUGGGUGGGGCUGGAGGUGCAGGCGCACAAGUGCCGGUUUUGGGAGCGCGAGGGCGGGGAUGUGGAGCGGGCAUUGCCAUUGGGGAUGCAGCGGGUGGAGGAGGGUCUCACUGUGGUGGGCGUGCCUAUUGGAGAGGAGGGUUGGGAGGUGACCCGGUUACGGGAGCGGCUUAGACAAUUGCAGGCGCCAUUGCCAUGGCUCCCCCUGCUCGACCACCCCCAGAUGGCUUCACAUCUCCUCGCCAUUGCAGUUUCAGCACGGCCGAUGUACCUGGCCCGGACUAUGCCGCCGCGUCCGGAGGUGGUGGAGGCCUUCAGGGAUUGGGAUAGCUGUCUGGAGGAUUGCUUUGAGCAGCUUUUCCCACCUGGCACUUGGGAGCAUGACCCCGACCGGUCUAGGCGCGCGCGCAUGCAGCUGCAUCUCCCUGUGCGACUCGGAGGGUUUGGGAUCCGGGCAGCAGCCUCUUUGAGUCCGCUGUCCUAUGUUUGUGGGUGGGCGCAGGCUGCGCGUGAUAUUGCACAGUUGGGGGUGGCGGGCGAGGAGGCGAUGUUUGCGGAGUACCUCACCACUUCGGCAGGGGCGGAGUUUCUUGACCCGUGGUUUGCCAAGGCUCUUGAGCAGCUGCCUGCGACUAUACGCCAGGAGAUGCCGGGCUUACCUCUGUGCGUAGCGGCCCCUCCUCUUCGGCUUUUCCAGGCGCGGCAGCGGUUGUUGGCGGUAGAGGAGCUCCAGAAACUGCGUCGCUCGGCUCGUGACGAUGCCACCCUGGCCCGUUUCACAUCCCUUCAGGGCCCGGGGGCUGGUGCAUGGGUUUCGGCGGUUCCGGCUCACUCAGAUCUCACAUUCACUGCGGCGGAGUGGGGCAUUGCUGCUGCUAUACGGCUCGGGCUCCCAAUUCAGCAGCUGCAGGUGGCGGGGAGGUGUGUUUGUGGCACAGCAUAUGUUGACCCAGCAGACCCGCAUCAUGCCCUGAGAUGCAAGCACCAGCAUGGUCCAUCUCGGGUACAUGAUGAGGUGAAGUUUGUGGUGGCGAAGAUCUCUAAGGCGUCUGGGGGGGUGGUGACAAUGGAGGAUAGUGUGGUGCUGCAGGGGAAGCGGGUUGAUGUGGCGGUGCGACGACCAAUGGCUGGAGAGGCUCACGCCCUAGAGAUCAGCGUGCGACGACCAAUGCGGGCGUCAAAUAGGCGUGGCGGCAAGAGAAUGGGAGCGUCGUGGCUUCGUCAGCAGGGAGAUGCGCACGUGGGGCUAGCUGUGUCGCGGGGGGCUUGUCGGGAGGACGACACUGUGUUUUCGGCUUAUCUUCUAGGGUCACUGAAGGCGCUCAUCGGGGUGGCGUUGCAACGUGCGCAAGCCCGUGUCAUCCUGCUUCGAGAGGCGUCUUCUAUGGGGGGGAUUAACGUUGACUUGGUGGACCGGGAGUGGGACGAUGGCGAUGCGGAAGGCGGGGCUCUCUGGGUGGAGGCCCCGUACAUGGUGGAUUCGGUGUUGUGA